UGGUCGCGCGUCACGCUACCCUCCCCCGGCAGUUGGUCUCUCUCGGAGGCUCGCGCUGGUAACGGCGCGGCCAGCCCCACCCCCACGCAUGCGCAGUAAGUGACUGACUGACUCUCCAGACAGGGCGAAAUGGCGGCGUCAGCUGGCGCGGCGUCGCGGGGGUUAGCGAAGCGGCUGUUCCGACCCCCGGCGGGAGCGUGGCCAGCAGCUUGCCAGGCUCUUGCACGUAACUUUCACUUUACUGUCUAUGGAAAGAAGAAUGCAUCUGCUAAAGUUUCUGAUUCGAUUUCUACACAAUAUCCAGUAGUGGACCAUGAAUUUGAUGCUGUCGUUGUGGGUGCUGGUGGGGCAGGUUUGCGGGCUGCAUUUGGUUUGUCGGAGGCUGGAUUUAAUACAGCAUGUGUUACAAAGUUGUUCCCUACCAGAUCCCAUACUGUUGCUGCACAGGGAGGGAUCAAUGCUGCUUUGGGAAACAUGGAGGAAGAUAACUGGAGAUGGCACUUUUAUGACACCGUGAAAGGAUCUGAUUGGCUGGGAGACCAGGAUGCCAUUCAUUACAUGACUGAGGAGGCACCUGCUGCAGUUGUAGAGCUGGAAAAUUAUGGAAUGCCAUUUAGCAGAACAGAAGAAGGGAAGAUCUAUCAGCGUGCCUUUGGUGGACAGAGCCUUCAGUUUGGGAAAGGGGGACAGGCUCAUCGAUGCUGUUGUGUCGCGGACAGGACAGGACACUCACUGUUGCAUACCCUGUAUGGCAGGUCCCUAAGAUAUGAUACCAGCUAUUUUGUUGAGUAUUUUGCCUUGGACCUCCUGAUGGAAAAUGGAGAAUGUCGUGGAGUUAUUGCACUUUGCAUAGAAGAUGGCUCAAUACAUCGUUUAAGAGCAAAGAACACUGUUAUUGCCACUGGUGGGUAUGGCCGCACCUUCUUCAGUUGCACAUCCGCUCAUACCACCACAGGUGAUGGCACAGCUAUGGUCACACGAGCUGGCCUUCCUUGCCAGGACUUAGAGUUUGUACAGUUCCACCCUACAGGUAUCUAUGGUGCUGGCUGUCUUAUCACAGAAGGUUGUCGUGGUGAAGGAGGUAUUCUUAUUAACAGUGAAGGUGAAAGAUUUAUGGAGAGAUAUGCACCUGUUGCUAAGGAUCUGGCUUCCAGAGAUGUAGUGUCUCGUUCUAUGACAAUUGAAAUCCGUGAAGGAAGGGGCUGUGGUCCUGAAAAAGACCACGUAUACUUGCAGUUGCACCAUUUACCACCACAGCAGCUAGCAAUGCGCCUCCCUGGAAUUUCAGAAACAGCUAUGAUAUUUGCUGGUGUGGAUGUCACAAAAGACCCUAUUCCUGUUCUUCCUACUGUGCAUUACAAUAUGGGAGGUAUUCCUACUAACUACAAAGGGCAGGUAAUUACACAUGUGAAUGGCAAAGAUCAAGUGGUACCUGGCUUGUAUGCUUGUGGGGAAGCAGCCUCUGCAUCUGUUCAUGGCGCUAAUCGACUUGGAGCAAACUCUCUUUUGGACUUGGUGGUCUUUGGUCGUGCUUGUGCCCUUAGUAUUGCAGAAUCAUGCAAGCCUGGAGAACCAGUUCCCUCAAUUAAACCAAAUGCCGGAGAAGAAUCUGUUGCAAAUCUUGACAAACUGCGAUUUGCCAAUGGAAACAUAAGAACAUCAGAACUGAGGCUUAAUAUGCAAAAGACAAUGCAAAGUCAUGCCGCAGUGUUCCGAACAGGCUCAGUACUACAAGAAGGCUGUGAGAAACUCAGCCACAUUUAUCGUGAUUUGGAUGACCUGAAGACAUUUGACAGAGGUAUUGUGUGGAAUACUGACUUAGUGGAGACCUUGGAACUGCAAAAUUUGAUGCUGUGUGCUAUGCAAACUAUAUAUGGUGCUGAGGCUCGGAAGGAAUCUCGUGGUGCUCAUGCCAGAGAAGACUACAAGGUAAGAGUAGAUGAAUAUGAUUUUUCCAAGCCAAUCCAAGGGCAACAGAAAAGACCAUUUGAAGAGCAUUGGAGAAAACACACCCUUUCUUAUGUGGAUGUCAAGACUGGGAAGGUUACUUUGAGUUACAGACCUGUAAUUGACAAAACUUUAAAUGAAGAAGACUGUGCAACAGUUCCACCUGCUAUUCGUUCCUACUAAUGAUGGUUAGCUAUCUAAAUCAGUUUAUGUAAUUAUGUAUAUGUCUGCCAGAGCUUGCUGGUAUAUGUGAACAUAUUAAGUAUUCUCUUAUUCAGAAAGCUACUGUUAUGUUAGUGAUGGUUGAAGAAUGCUGUCUAGAGAUUUCUCACUGAUGCUCUGCUCGGUGGCUAGCAUAUCACCAUUAAACAAACGUGCACAAAGCCGUACACUGAUUUUCAUCCCUUUGUCAAAACAUUUGAUGUGAACAUACAGAACUAAUGCCAAAAUAAAAUAAUCUAAAACA